AUGAGCAGUAACAGGGAGCAGCCACCAGGAAACGAGAAUGACAAGAAGAAUCCCUCCAGCAAAGAGGACAGCCCGUCGGACGAUAAGGAAGAUAGUGGUUCAGCCUCGACGGGAAGCAAUGGCGGUGCGACCACGGAAGAACCGUCGCAGCCCGGAAGUAAACCCAGCUCCGUGGGCGCGACCGUCAAAGAAGAAGCGCAGAAGCUGCUGGGCCUAGCGGCACGCAAGGAAUGGGCCGUCGUGGACCAGUUGCUGAAGUCUUUGGAGGAGACUGUGCAGAGCACUGGGGAGGAUGGCUUCAUCGUAUCGCUCGCCGGUGUUUUGGACACGACGACGGGGAUGACGCCGUUGAUGUACGCAGUGGAGGACAACCGCAGCGAGCUACUCGAUCGCAUGAUCGAGCUCGGAUCCGAUGUGAACGCCAGAAACAAUGCAAAUAUGGUUAGAAAACUGCUAACUCACAUACCCAAAAACGUGAAAUCCGAUUCACCAAUUGGAGGAUUCUUGGUAGGAGAGUUAGGGGUUGAAUCUGGCAUGACUUCUCUUCAUCUGGCUGCUUAUUCUGGAAAUGAAAAAGUUAUACAAUUUCUUCUUAAUUCAACGGGUGUCCAGGUAGAUGCAGCAACGAAAGAAAACGGCUGGAACCCUUUGCAUCUGGCUUGCUUCGGUGGUCACAUAACUGUCGUGGGUCUGCUGUUGAGCAGAUCGGCGGAAUUGUUGCAUAGUUCGGAUCGUUACGGCAAGACCGGGCUGCACAUCGCCGCGACACACGGACAUUACCAGAUGGUGAAGGCCCUCUUGGGUCAGCAAGCGGAAAUAAACGCGACCGACAAGAACGGUUGGACACCGCUGCAUUGUGCGGCACACGCCGGCCAUCUAGAUGUUGUGAAGCUGCUUGUGGAAAGUGGCGGGUCUCCAAAAAUCAAGACGAAUCUCGGUUACGCACCGAUCUGGUUCGCCGCAUCCGAGGGUCACAGUAAUGUGCUGAAAUAUCUCAUGAAGAAGGAGCAUGAUGAGUAUGCUCUAAUGGAAGAUGGGAGGUGUAAACAAGAACCAAAAGUCGAGAAAAUUUAUAACAGCCCUGCUUUGGGCGGAGCUAAGACAACCUCUUUAUAG